AUGAGCAGUGGCUCAUGCAAGACGAGGAGUCCGCACCUAGUGUUCCUACACGCGCCACAAACUGUGCUCUGUUAUGCCAGGGAGAUGCUACUGGCCGGGAAAAGGCAAUCUAGAUGUAAUUCAAGAGUCGCCAGCAUGGACGGUUCUAUUACCUCAGUGGGGUCCUUAGCACAGGGGCAAGGGACCGAGGUGGCCGGGGCAACAACUACUGGCACUGUGAAAAAGGACCCCCGAGUUUCCUUCUCAAAUGCCCCAAGUAGAAAAGCAUCGUCCUCUGUGCAGAACCAACAGAAGAUGAAUUCUGUCUCAUGUUUUAAAUCUGAGGAUAUAUCCCAGAUUGUGACAGAUGAUGGGGAACCACAUGACAAUCGGACAUACAUGCAGCGGCAAUUUAGUUCCAUGCUUCAGCCUGGAGUUAACAAAUUUUCACUGCGUAUGUUUGGGAGCCAAAAAGCUGUUGAAAAGGAACAACAGCGUGUCAAAUCGGCCGGUAAUUGGAUUAUUCAUCCAUACAGCGAUUUCAGGUUCUACUGGGAUUUCACCAUGUUGAUGUUCAUGGUGGGCAACCUCAUCAUCAUCCCCGUGGGGAUCACCUUCUUCAAGGACGAGACCACCGCGCCCUGGAUCAUCUUCAACGUGGUCUCUGACACCUUCUUCCUCAUGGACCUGGUCCUCAACUUCCGCACAGGCAUCGUUUUAGAGGACAACACUGAGAUCAUCCUGGACCCCAAGAAGAUCAAGAGGACGUACCUGAAGACCUGGUUUGUGGUGGACUUUAUCUCCUCCAUCCCUGUGGAUUAUAUCUUCUUGAUCGUGGAGAAGGGGAUUGACUCUGAGGUGUAUAAAACAGCCAGAGCCCUGAGGAUCGUGCGCUUUACCAAGAUCCUCAGUCUGCUGAGGCUGCUCAGGCUGUCCAGGUUAAUUCGCUAUGUCCACCAAUGGGAAGAGAUCUUCCAUAUGACCUAUGACCUGGCCAGUGCAGUGAUGCGUAUCUUCAACCUGAUUGGUAUGAUGUUGCUGCUGUGUCACUGGGAUGGCUGUUUGCAGUUCCUGGUUCCCAUGCUGCAGGAUUUCCCCCAGGACUGCUGGGUCUCCCUUAACAAGAUGGUGAAUGACUCGUGGAGCGAGCUGUACUCCUUUGCCCUGUUCAAAGCCAUGAGUCACAUGCUGUGUAUCGGUUAUGGGCGCCAAGCCCCAGAGAGCAUGUCUGAUAUCUGGUUGACCAUGCUCAGUAUGAUCGUGGGAGCCACCUGCUACGCCAUGUUCAUCGGCCACGCCACCGCCCUCAUCCAGUCCCUGGACUCAUCCCGGCGCCAGUACCAGGAGAAGUACAAACAAGUGGAGCAGUACAUGUCUUUCCACAAACUGCCAGCUGACUUCCGACAGAAAAUCCAUGACUACUACGAGCACAGAUACCAGGGCAAGAUGUUUGAUGAGGAGAGCAUCCUGGAGGAGCUUAAUGAACCACUGCGGGAGGAAAUUGUCAACUUCAACUGCCGUAAGCUGGUGGCGUCCAUGCCCCUGUUUGCCAACACCGACCCCAACUUUGUGACGGCUAUGUUGACUAAGCUCCGCUUCGAGGUCUUCCAGCCUGGAGACUACAUCAUCAGGGAGGGCACCAUCGGCAAGAAGAUGUACUUCACCCAACACGGUGUGACCAGUGUCCUGACCAAAGGAACCAUGGGCAUGAAGCUCUCAGAUGGAUCCUAUUUUGGAGAGAUCUGUCUGUUGACCCGAGGCAGACGGACGGCCAGUGUGCGAGCGGACACGUACUGCCGUCUCUACUCCCUGUCUGUGGAUAACUUUAAUGAGGUGCUGGAGGAGUACCCCAUGAUGAGACGAGCCUUCGAGACUGUGGCCAUCGACCGACUGGACCGGAUAGGGAAGAAGAACUCGAUCCUAAUGCACAAGGUUCAGCAUGACCUCAAUUCGGGCGUCUUGAACAACCGGGAAAACGAGAUGAUCCAGGAGAUUGUGAAAUAUGACCGUGAGAUGGUGCAGCAGGUGGACCUGCAUAGGCCCCGUGUCAUGUCCAUGUCCAACCCACCCACACAUGGCGGCAUCUUCGCCCCCCCUGGCCCUCCCCAGAGCUCAGCCAUUGCCACCUUCCAGCAGGCUGUGGCCAUGAGCUUCUGUCCCCCCAUGGUAGGCCCUCUGGCAGGGGGUGAGGGCCUGCAGUCCCCCCGGAUGGUGCGGAGGUUCAAGGUGAUGCAGAGUGUAGCCAGCCCAGUGCCAGCCUCCCCUACCCCCCAGACCCAGCAGACCAUGCAUCCCCAGCUGCACGCCAGUGGUGCAUUCGUCACGGCCCUCUCCAGCCCCCCCAUCCAGAGCCCCUUAGUGGCUGGGGGACGGACAUUCCAGUACGGGCCCUCUUCUGGCUCCCAGGUCUCCCUGGUCCAGCAAGUUGUGCCCAGCCCCACACACAGGCCCAACACCCAUAACAGCACCCGGUCUCUGCACAUUGGCAGUCUGGGUCAGAAUGCCAGGGCACUGUCCGCCUCUCAGCCCUCCCUGCCCCAGGGAGGGGCUCAGCCCAUGGCUCCCUGCCCAUCACAGUCCACCCGUGUCUCCUCCACCUCCAUCGGGCCCCCUCAGACCCCCUCGGGCCAUGCAGGGGUCAGGAGCGCUAUGACUCAUAGGAUGGUGCUUCCCCACCAGAUGUCUGCGGGGGCGUUCCCUCUAGCCUCCCUCCCGGGGACUGUUACAUCGCUGGGGAUGGGCAUGGGGAUGGGCAUGGGAGUGGGCAUGCUGGACUCAGGAUUACCCAAGAGGGAUUCUAUAGCCAGCCUCCCUGAGACAGACCGUGCCAGAUCGAGGCUCUCUUCCAAUUUGUGACCUUUAUUAGAUUCCUGCAGAGCCAGUGCUUUUUGGUUGUGGGAACUCUAAAGGUUUCUUCCUUCUACCCUAUAAUUCUCCCUGCGGGGCUAAAUCUGACUUAAAGAAUGUAUGCUGUGUGACUGGUGAUGACAGGGAGAGACAGACAGGAGCUGAUGGAAAAUGUAUGACUAACAAUAUGAAGUCUGUAUACAGAGUUAUUGUCAAAGGUGGGAUGUUUCUACUCCAUCCACAGACAGAUACCGACCGUACGUAAUGGUAGCACCUUCUCCCCACAUCUCCUUUAUUUGCUGUGUUUACUGUAACCAUAUUCAACAUACAUAACAUCUGUCACCCACUAUCUAUAUACUCCCAACAAUACAAACUGGCUGGGACAAAAAGAAAAUCUGGGACCUGCUUCAGAUGACAACGAUGACAUCCACACUUUGCAGAAGUGUUCUGGGAUUUCCUCUUUUGUCUAUGGACCGGCUUUAGCACAAGUUCUACUCAUGCCACUGUAAUAUUGUUUCAGAAAACAAGAAAAUGCUAAAUAUUUGUUUUUUCUUCACACCACAUCUUAAAUGAAUGCAUUCAAAGGCUAUACAGGGAAUUGUUUGACAUUUGUAUUUUUUUCCAGACCAUAGUUGGGCUUCUACAAACACAAUAUGGCCUGGGAUUAGUAAUAUACCACUGAAGAAAAGAAAACUAUGAUUGUAACAUUUGAAGCCAUGUCCUUCGUCCAUAAGUGUGUGUAUGGGUAUAAGUAUGACUAUGAGUGUCUUCAUAAGGAAUUAAUAUAAAAUAUAACUCAUCCCCCCUCUCUCAAAUGGUCUUUGCAGAAGAUGGUGUAGGUAUGUUUAAUUUUUUUACUAUGGAAUCUACCGUAUCAUACAUGACAUUCCAUUCUGGCUUUGCCUUUUCAAAACACUACAGCUUGGCAUCAAGUGAUACAGUUUCAAUGAGGUCAUCCGUCCCCAUAGGAUGAUGCAUAUGCAUGUUGAUAUGGGUUAUGAGUCACACGAAUAUCAACAUACUGUAAAUCAACAUACUGUAUUUCAAUAAACCCUGAUGGAAUUUCAUAACAGGUUAUUUGCAUAGUUAAGUUUAGAAUAGGCAGUUCAUAGUUUUGCUUUCUUUGAAAGAUAUCCAAGAUAAUAGUCUGGCUGAAGUUCUGAAUGCACUUUGCAGCGUAAUUGACAAUGCUAAUAUCCAGACAGAGCAUGUCCAGACAGAGACUGAUGCCUCGUGGUUCGAUUGCAUAAAUAAUUCCAUUUAAUGAAUACAUUAAACUUUUUAUUUAUACAUGUCAUCUCAUCUGUAUUGUCCAUCCAUUAUAAGACUUUUUUUUAGAUUAAUAGAAAUUCUAAACAAAUCAAUUUUUUCCCCCCUUUCCACUCAAAGUCAUACAGUAAUAUAACAUCUCAUUAAGGUAGACUGGGUGUUCAAUGUGCAUAAUGCUUGUGUAUUGCUCCCAGCUAAAUGCUCCCAUUCUAUUCUAAUCUGUAGCAAGGGCAGUGCAGACAUUUUGGAGGGUGAUGUGUUUCCUACCGCAAGUGUUGUCACUAAAUGUGUUUAUCGGCCUGAGCGGCCUCCGCUGAUUCGUGUCCAAAAGCAUUAGAGGAAGAGGCUUCCCAAGCCCCAAUAUCCAAUUUAUCUGCAUCUCAAUCACCCCGCCCCCUCCCCCCGCCAUUACUAUGUAAUGAGAGAGAAGAUUGGACCCCCCCAGGCCCCAUUUAUUUUUGACUGUUAUUAUGUUCCUUCAAUUGUGUAUCGUCAUGAGUUUUACUGUAUCAUUCACCUUGAGGGUGGUGAAAGAAGGUGGUACAAGGUUGUGGGUUUGGAAAUAAUUCGUUGCUGGAAAUGAUGCCCAGUGAAACUUUUUUGGGAACUUUCAUGUGCUUUAAGGGGAAGUACAGUGCCUUCAGAAAGUAUUCAUCCCCCUUGACUUAUUCAACAUUUUGUUGUGUUACAGCCUGAAUUCAAAAUGGAUUAAAUGGAUUGAUUUUCUCAGCCAUUUACACUCAAUACCCCAUAAUGGCAAAGUUAAUCAUUUACGUAAGUAUUCACACCCCUGAGUCAAAGUCAAUACUUUGUAGAAGCCCUUUGGCGGCAAUUACAGCUGUCUUUCUAGGUAAGUCUCUAUAAGCUAUCCACAACUGGAUUGUGCAACAUUUGCCCAUUUAUUAUUUUCAAAAUUCUUUGAGCUCUGUCAAAUUGGUUGUUGAUCAUUGCUAGACAACCAUUUUCAGGUCUUGCCAUAGAUUUUCAAGUAGAUUGACGUCAAAACUGUAAUUUGGUCUCUCAGGAACAUUCCCUGUCUUCUUAGUAAGCCCUGUCUUCUUACGGUGUAGAUUUGGCCUUGUGUUUUAGGUUAUUGUCCUGUUGA